UGCUGGCUCCGCCCUCUUCCCGAGGGUGGGGGAGAACGGUAUAUAAGUGCGGCAGUCGCCUUGGACGUUCUUUUUCGCAACGGGUUUGCCGUCAGAACGCAGGUGUUGUGAAAGCCACCGCUAAUUCAAAGCAAAAAUGGGAAAGGAAAAGACUCACAUCAACAUCGUCGUAAUCGGACACGUAGAUUCCGGCAAGUCCACCACAACCGGCCACCUGAUCUACAAAUGUGGUGGAAUCGACAAGCGAACCAUCGAAAAGUUUGAGAAGGAGGCUGCUGAGAUGGGAAAGGGCUCCUUCAAGUACGCCUGGGUCUUAGACAAACUGAAAGCUGAGCGUGAGCGUGGUAUCACUAUUGACAUCUCCCUGUGGAAAUUCGAGACCAGCAAAUACUAUGUGACCAUCAUUGAUGCCCCAGGACACAGAGACUUCAUCAAAAACAUGAUUACAGGCACAUCCCAGGCUGACUGUGCUGUCCUGAUUGUUGCUGCUGGUGUUGGUGAAUUUGAAGCUGGUAUCUCCAAGAACGGGCAGACCCGCGAGCAUGCUCUUCUGGCUUACACCCUGGGUGUGAAACAGCUGAUUGUUGGUGUCAACAAAAUGGAUUCCACCGAGCCACCAUACAGUCAGAAGAGAUACGAGGAAAUNNUUAAGGAAGUCAGCACCUACAUUAAGAAAAUUGGCUACAACCCUGACACAGUAGCAUUUGUGCCAAUUUCUGGUUGGAAUGGUGACAACAUGCUGGAGCCAAGUGCUAAUAUGCCUUGGUUCAAGGGAUGGAAAGUCACCCGCAAAGAUGGCAGUGCCAGUGGCACCACGCUGCUGGAAGCUUUGGAUUGUAUCCUACCACCAACUCGUCCAACUGACAAGCCUCUGCGACUGCCCCUCCAGGAUGUCUAUAAAAUUGGAGGCAUUGGCACUGUCCCUGUGGGCCGAGUGGAGACUGGUGUUCUCAAACCUGGCAUGGUGGUUACCUUUGCUCCAGUCAAUGUAACAACUGAAGUCAAAUCUGUUGAAAUGCACCAUGAAGCUUUGAGUGAAGCUCUUCCUGGGGACAAUGUGGGCUUCAAUGUAAAGAACGUGUCGGUCAAAGAUGUUAGACGAGGCAAUGUUGCUGGUGACAGCAAAAACGACCCACCAAUGGAAGCAGCUGGCUUCACUGCUCAGGUGAUUAUCCUGAACCAUCCAGGCCAAAUCAGUGCUGGCUAUGCUCCUGUUCUGGAUUGUCACACAGCCCACAUAGCAUGCAAGUUUGCUGAGCUUAAAGAAAAGAUCGAUCGUCGUUCUGGUAAGAAGCUGGAAGAUGGCCCCAAAUUCCUGAAGUCUGGUGAUGCUGCCAUUGUUGAUAUGGUCCCUGGCAAGCCCAUGUGUGUUGAGAGCUUCUCUGACUAUCCUCCACUUGGUCGUUUUGCUGUUCGUGACAUGAGGCAGACAGUUGCUGUGGNUGUCAUCAAAGCUGUGGACAAGAAGGCUGCUGGAGCUGGCAAAGUCACCAAGUCUGCCCAGAAAGCUCAGAAGGCUAAAUGAAUAUUACCCCUAA